AUGCGCGCUAUGCGUUUUAGAGACAACGGGGCGAUAGAUAAAUGGAACGUACCUGAUAUGCGUAUCGAAAAAAGUUAUGUUAGACGAGAAGACCGUCCAAAAACAGCAGCAACAGUGCGGAAGGCAGCUCAUGUUCUUGGUACCCAUAGCUUUGGCGUAAACAGCUUAAUUCGUUUAACAGAUGACAUUGAAUUACACGGAACAGGAGGAGAUGGCCACUUCAAUCCGUACUUCGCUGCAGACAAAGCUCAUGAGAUUAUGUGUAAAAUUAUGGAAGAAGAUGCUGUUGAUGCCCUCGAAACAAAUAGCCAACAUCCCAAGCCAACAUAUUUUCUCGCAAAAAAUGAUCUUCACAUGUACUAA